AUGCCCCCCAAACGACGCGAGACCAUACCGCCAGAUUCAGUACCCGAGCCUAAAAGACGAGUUACCCGAUCGUCUACGAAAGCUAAAGCAACAAACUCACAAAGUCAAAUCAAUCACGUGGCAGAAUUAGAUACUGAAGCUAGUGCUUCAGAACUUACAUCGCAUGCGAAAGGAGCCACGAAACGCGCCCCAAGCUCAAAGACGGCCAAGUUUGACGAAAAUGAUAUCGCAAACGAGAGCUCAACACCAUCCAACGUCACAACCCUAACCAUCACACACGUCCUAGUAAAAAAACCAAUUCAAUGCCACCAAUAUACACCCACAUCAUUUUUCUCAACCCCAUCACCAGCUCUAAUCUUCACUCACGGCGCAGGCGGCACACUCUCCGCAGAUGCAGUCGUAAACUUCUGCACCGGUUUUUCCUCGUCCCUCCCCGUCCUCGCAUUCCAAGGCUCCAUGAACCUCAAGGCGCGAACGAAAGGCUUCGACGCGUGCAUCAAUGAACUUUACUCUAGCCAGGAAACGGGGUAUAAGGGAAAGGCGAAAGAGGAGGGUAUAGAAAAGAGACUGCUGUUAGGCGGAAGAAGCAUGGGUGCGCGCGCCGCUGUUAUUGCUGCUAGUGAUUGGUUAGCUGAACGAAACGACGACGUCGGAGACGAAUGUAGUGUACAACUUGUACUGAUAUCUUAUCCACUGCAGGGUCCUAAAGAUGAUUUGCGCGAUCAGAUCUUAUUGGACCUGCCAGAGACUGUCAACAUACUUUUCAUAAUCGGCGAUAGAGAUGCCAUGUGUUCGCUAGAUCUGCUGAACGAAACGAAGAGUAAGAUGUCAGCGAAAUCGCAACUCGUUGUUGUGAGGGGUGCGGAUCACGGUAUGCAGGUCAAGCCUGCUAGCAUGACGAAGGAACUCGGAGAAGAGACGGGACGGGUGGCUGCGAGGUGGGUUGAGGAAGGGUUAGAGGAGGAUGUGAUAUAUAUUGGCGAGGAAGAAGAAUGA